UCCCAGGCUGCCAGGCGUCCAGCGGAACACAUAAACAGCCCCUUCCCUCCCCUCUUUCUACGGAUGCCGCAGUAAGUUGGACGCGCAUGCGCACUUGUGGUCCUCUUUUCCUUGGAAGCAGCCCAGAAGCAUCACACCAUGUCAGAUCCCGAUCUUGACUUCACGACCGGCGAGUCUGGCGCGUCCGCCACUUACCCCAUGCAGUGUUCUGCUCUGCGCAAGAACGGCUAUGUGGUGCUCAAGGGACGUCCCUGCAAGAUUGUGGAGAUGUCCACCUCCAAGACCGGCAAGCACGGCCACGCUAAGGUUAACCUGACUGGCAUCGACAUCUUCACCCAAAAGAAGUAUGAAGACAUGUGUCCCUCCACCCACAACAUGGAUGUCCCAGACAUCAAGAGGCUAGACUAUCAGUUGCUCAACAUCACCGAGGGCUUCAUGUGCUUGAUGAACGACAGCGGCGAGAUCAGGGAGGACCUGCGUGUUCCAGAUAACGACCUCGGCAAGGAAAUCGAGUCAAAGUUUGAAGGCGGUGAAGAGUUUGUGGUCACCGUGAUGUCUGCCAUGGGGGAGGAGUCUGCUGUGGCUACCAAGGUCCAGGCCAUCAAAUAAGGAGAUGGACUUUGCAGCCCCGGCAACAAGCACCGCCCACAACCAGUCUCUUGCAUUCUCAUUGGUUCUGUCACCAAAGCGUCGGCCUUCACUGAACCUCAAGCAUUCUUCUGUCAUUUCAUUUUCUCACUUUUUUUGGUUUCAUCGCUGUCGGGAAUGAUCCGAUGCAGCUCGCUGCCUGAUCACUCACAUUUUGUUGGUAACAAAAUUGACUUUAUAUAAAACGACUUCAAAAAUAACGAUUAGUUGCUCAUUCCUGCUUUUUUGCCUUCAAAGUGUUGCUCACAUUCCUGAAUUGACACAACAAUGGGAUUCAGCGUUUGCAUCAUUUUUAAACAUCCUUUAGAUUUAAAGCUUUUUAGACAGAGGGAGGAGCAAUUUAAAAUUGUGAGGGGUCACUUUAGAUGCUAGGUCCUGGUUCUGUGUGCUCCUGGUUCUGGGUUCCUCUGUUGCGGUCCUACUUUCUGGUCUCAGUCAAGUGUCUUCAUUAGAUAUUGGCAGAGGUGAGCACUUGGGGGCAUGACAAAUAUCAAAAACGGGACAUGUGGUUUUUGUAUAAUUUUACCUUGUCUGCUUAGAUGUAAUUUAGCCUCAGAAUGGCAUGAGGGUCACAAGCGCCCAUCUUUUAAACCAUAGAGGCAUUUGAGGCCCCGCCCCUUUGCCCACAGCCAUCCUCCCAGUACUAAAUGAGUGCUUUUUGUUUCAUUUUUUUGAGAGCGGUGCAAGUGUGAAAAGCAGUGUGAGCUUCCAAAAAUUUGGGAGGCAGUUUGCAGUGAGCUUUCUGUUUUGAGGAACUCUAUCUGGUUGGGGGAGGGUGGCGGGCGCAAACUUUUUGUUCACUCGAGGCCUUUGUUACCUGACUGGAGAUGGCUGAAAUAAAACGUUGAAACAAA